GUUUCGUUUAUUAACGUGCCAUUCAUAUGAAUAGGAAAAGUGUAGAAUCUGUGAGCACAGGAUAUGAAUUGCGUUUGAUGACAUUUGGUUCUCUCGAGGAACUGGGAUAGCCAGUAUCAUUCUAAGUUAACUUUGACGUAAAUUUUUAUACCCGAGGGUGCAACUUGCAAGUGCUGGUGGCAACAGUAGACUCUCGUCGGAUCAGCCGACUCUGCUGGGGCGGAAACUUCAGAUCAGAGUGCCCGAUUAUGACUAUUGAGAUAAUGACUGUCAUUGUGAGCUGACAUGAUGGAAUCUACAUGUACACCCAAAAGUUCCCAGUCUAGAUUCAUCAGCCAAGGAUGCAAGAAACACACAAGACUCAGACACAGACCACUGCAGUUUACCCAUGAUUUCAUAUCGGUUCAACACUCUGCACAUUCUAACUCGUCACUGGCAUCACUUUUUGAAGAGAGCUCCCUCUGUAGUUCACUUGGAGAAAUAGAUACCAGCUGGUUUGACAGUGAAAGAUGGACGUCUAAUGAUGAAACAAAAUGGAAAAAAGAGGACAUUCUGAAGACCCCUCAAGCAAGUCAACGAGAAAGCAAAAUCUUCUCUACUCCUGGGCUAUUCACUCCUGAUAGGCCGUCUCCUGUUUGUAAGCAGUGCAAAGAUUACCCAGAAUGCAACCCUCCCCAAGACGAAGAGUCUGCUUCCUCUUUUGUUCGACCAAAAAGGUUCAGAAAAGUUCCCAGCAGCAUCCAUACAACACCCAAUUCUCAAAUCAUCACAUCACACCAGCCAACCAGUGGUCCAAUGGCAGAGACAAUACAGGAAGAAGAUGAAGGGGAGAGGGGUCCAGUAGAUGUCCAGUUUAGUCCAUUCCCAACAUGGAACCCUACUUCCAAUAAGGACACACCUAUCUUCAUGAAGCACCUCUUCAAGACUCCAUCCACAUUGUUUGGUGCAGGGGACAAGCGGGCUUGUAGCACUCCACUACAGCGUUUAUCUACACCCCAGAGGUUGUCAAGAAGUCUUGGUGCUGAACCCGAGGAAUCAGAUCUCUCUUGGACCAGUUCCUUAGCCACACCUCCAAUGAGUUCCAAGAGCAAAACAGUCACCAGCUCAAACAAGAAACACAUUGAAGAUGAUACAUGGCAAACACAUGUUGUUGCCAAGGUUCUCUUCCAAGACGGUGGUUCUGUGGUUGAGAUGGAUAGCUGUGAGGAAGGGGACGAGGGUUCGACACAGCCUUUGAAAGUCGUCAAGUUUCCGUCUAUUAAUGAUGACAGCCAAGAAGAAGAAUUCACCAUAGAAACAGAAGAUGGUGGAGAAAGUGAUAAGAGCUUAGGAGGUGGGAGAAAAGAGAUACCAGCACCCAUGUUUAACGACAAGAGUGAUGAGUCUAGAGUUCAAAUGGUGACAAGAGAUUCUCUUGUGUUGCCUACUUCCUUGGUACAACCUCCUGUGACAGACAAUGGAGAGCCACCUCUUGCCAAACAUCAAGAACAUGAAAGCAUCAAUGAGUCUGUAGAUUCAAAGACGGUUUCUGAACUGUAUGUGCAGGAAGGAGGAUCUGUCAGAGAGAAGGUUGUGGGACCCAGUGUGGACAUUAUAGCUGAAUUGGAUGCCAAGAAGAAUGUGAGUGGAGAUUCCACAGAAACAAAUGCUUUCUCAGAACUUGAUUGCAAACAGUGGAAGAAGAGUCCUGUACAACCUGCAAUGUCAUCCCAGCAAAGCUCUGUCAUUGGUAGUAAUCAUGCCAGCCAAACAUUGUUCAACUCACAGGAAAGUACAAAGAAUGAUAAGACUGCAAUGGAGGAGACACUGGCUUUCCUUCUCGCUACACCUCCAAGCAGGAGAGGGAAACUUCUUGACAGAUUAUGUGCAUCUGGAAGUUCAAUUGGUGUUGGGACUUUCAUUGAGCAAGGUGCUUGUGAUGCAUUAGGCUCAAUAUUAGAUGUAAAGAAUAAAUUGUCUGAUUCUAGCCAGAGUGCCCCAAUGAAAAGUGUUCUAGAUGAUACUUUUAUGAGUCCUCCUGCAGGUUUGCUCUGUAAGCCAAUGAAAUCCGGAUUUGAUGAAGGGCAAGAAAGGAAAUCUUUAGGCUCUGAAAGCAGCAUGAAUGGAAAACCUGAUAAUGGUGUAGUGGAGACACCAAGUAGACCUGCACCAGAUGUUGAUUUGCUGUCACCAAUAUCACCAAACUAUGCAGAAGCUCUCUGUAGAGUUACUGACAUUGCAUCCAGGGAGCAACCUAUUGGCAGUAAGAACACCCUUUCUGGUCAAAAGUCCCUUGGAGUAGAGAGAAACCUAAUAGAUAUCUUUGAGAAUCCUUAUUAUGAAGAAAUAAUUCAUAUCAAGGUUACCGAUCAGUUAAGGUCAGGGGGUCAUGACGACCCUUUGGUAAAGCAGACCUUACACCCUACUGAAGCAAAUAGACCAAAUACAUCAGUAGCGAAGAACUCUUCAUCUUUACCUUCAAGUCUUCCAUCAAGUGCAAACAACAAGCUUCCAAAACCUUUUCUGUCAAAGCUAGAAGCAUGUGAAGCUAUGUCAACAUCCAAGCCCGUAGCUGUUGCCAACCUCAAGACACAGUCUGUCACCAAGGGACGGUUUAAGUACACACCUCCUGCACAAGCACCCAGAAAGGACGGAGGAAACAUAUCCAAGACCCCAAGCUGGCUAUCCCGAGCUGUAUAUGUUGAAGAGGAGGAAGAUGAGAAGAAAAAGGAAGAGAAAAAAGUAGAUGCUGUUCAGGCAGAAACUUUGGGUGAAUCAUCAAAGAAGGGAUGGACGAUGAAGAGACCUUGCCCUUUACCAACAUCAUUCACUACAUUUUCUACAUUUUGCAAGACGGCUCCAAACCCCCUUACUAGAGCAAUACCCACGGCUGAAAGCCAGACUGCAUCAAGCACCACUCCUACAUCUAGUAGGUCAGCCAUCCUAAGUGCACCACCACAUAAUAAGUCUUUGGUAAGGAUCAGAGAGUUCCCACACAGCUGGCCCUCACCAAAGCGAUUAAGACUAGAUGAAGAGAGAGAUGAAUGUAACAUGGAAAGUGACAUGAAGAGCAAUCUUUUGCCUAUUGACGAAUGUGAUGUAAAAAUUCCAAACUUAGCUCCUGUAGGAAGUGAUGAAAUGCCACCUCGUACACAAGAUCAGGUGUCUCUGGUCAUUAACAAUGCUGGGAAUGGGCAAGAAUGUGUAGAAGAUCUCCAUAACAAAUUCAAUUCAACAGAUAAUGUAUUGUUUACAGAAGUUCAUGGUACGACUCAAAAUGUUGGAUUCUCGAGUGCUAGUGGAAGAGCCAUAUUUGUUUCCUCUGAAUCCUUGAAGAAAGCUGAAAAACUCAUUGGAGAUGUAGACAAGGAAAAACCACCGGAAGAAUAUCAACUGAAUUUGUCAUCAGCAGAUCCUCAAUGUGGGUUUCAGAGUGCCAGUGGGAAGUCUAUUCAAGUAUCAGAUGAGGCACUGACAAAAGCUAAGAAAAUCAUUGAUGAAGUAGGUUUGUAUGAUGAAACAAUACAUGAUUCACCUGGUAAAUCAUCACUGUCUGUAGGGUUUACUUCUGCACGUGGCAAUGUGAUCAAUAUAUCGGCAGCUGCCAUGGCGAAGGCAAGAACGAUAAUGAAUGACAUCAACCAUGAUGAGGAAUCAAAGUCCAUAGGGCAGGAAGGAAGAGUAGUAGAAAUUUCUGGUCGUCACCAUGUGGAUGGAGGGGGAGAUAGGAAUAUGAUUCAGAAUAAAAAAGGAGUGCAGAGUGGGGGCUUAUCUGGAAAUGCUCAGCUGAAAAGAACAAUGGAAAACAGACAGCGUCACAAAGGAUUCCGUCCCUUCAAGCCACCAUCUCUUGUUGCAAACAUACAGAAACCAUCUCAUUUGACUUCAAGCAUUCCAUCCUUGAAUCAGACAAGUGAAAUUGAAUUAAUCAAAGAAUCGGAUAGAGGAAACGGCCUAAAGACAGGUGAAGACUGUAUUCCAGUUGGUUUGCAGGAGGGAAAUAAAACAAUGCCAGAGCUUAAGAUCAUCACCCUGCAACAAGAACAGAAGAUAGAAACUUCUGAAAGCAGUAACAUGCCAAGAGAAAAAAAGAAACUGGACAGUGGGAAUUUACAAUCUAUUGAGAAUAGUGACAUUUCUGAUGAUGACUGUCUGUCUGCCACACAAGCUGCAAGAGAGAUCAAAGCUGCAGAGGAGAUGGAACUAGUUUAUAAUUUCAUGCAAGAAGAAGACACAGGAUUCUCUCAGCUUGAUGUGUCAUCAAUCAUAGCAGCUGGUCAUUCAGAGAAAGGAGCUGCACAGAUUCUCAAAUGUCCAGAAUAUCAUACAGAUCCAAAUAAGGAGAGACAAGUAUCAAAUUCCCGAGAUCAUCAGAUGUUCAAUCACACCAUAGGGCCUACCUCAUCCCAAGACUUUCUCAGUGAACAAAGGGGCAAUGUCAGUCUCAUGGAAAGCAAGCUGAAAAGAUCUAAAGCCAUGGGGGCUAUCAAGGAAACCACUGAUAGGAAUGAAGUAUUAUCUACAAGCAUGAAGCACAAUGAUGUUCAAUUUGAAAUGAUGGUUCAAAAAAGGAUUGAUGAAUCUAAGCAAUACCUUGCUUCUCCAAAUCAUGCAGAGAGGGUAACUUUAGACCUGAAGCAGAAUGGAGAUUACAGUAAAGUUGAGACCGAUACUAUUAAAGAAUCACCCGCGGUAGACCAGUCUGUGAAGAUGAUUGGACAGGUUAUGGAUGAUAAUGCCAUCCUGACAAAGGAGACAGAGGGACUUUGUACCCUUAGUGUGAAGGACAAAGAGCAACAGGAGGUUAGUCACACUGAUACUCAUGAACCAUAUCAAGGCACAUGUAGUAUUGAUGUUACCAAAAUCUCAAGAAGUGCCCAGCAAUCUAGUUAUGUCCGACAUGUGGAAUGUAUUGAUGAAUCUUUAUCUAAUGAUAAGAAUAAAGCACAUAUUCCAGGGGAUCACCUUCAACCGGACAUACUAAAUGCAACAUCAUAUCAAGAGAAUGACUCCAUACCAGACCAGAAAAAGAGAGACAAACCCCGGUUGAAGAUGGAUGUCACAUUAGAGGCUUGUGGUCCUGUUGGUUUCAAGACAGUUGAGGGACAAACAAUUGAGGUUUCAGAGGCAGCACUGCAGAAGGCUACUUUACUGCUCUCAGAUCACAACUCAGAUGGAGAAACAAAUAAGCAGCUCAAUCCUGAUAUUUCUGAUAAGUCUUUCAACCAGCUUAUUCCAACUGUGUUAGCACACUGUAUGAGCAUAUCUCAUGCCACUUGUCACCAGGAAAAUAUGGAGCUUCCUGAACAAGCCAAAAUCCCAGAGUGCAGACCUCUCAUUAAUGUCUUACAGGGGGAAAAAUUGCUGAUUGAUGACAACAAUUGUGGCUCAACCAUUAGAAAUAGUAGCAUGUCUGAAGAAGAACCUGCUUCAUCUUCUGUAUCUGAAGUAUGUCAGGCUGGUUUACAGACUGCAGGAGGCAAGGAUAUCAAGGUAGCAAAGUCGGCUCUGCAGAUGGCAAAAACGGUAAUUGGUGAUAAUCAUGAAAAUAAUCCUCUGAACUAUUCCAUUGACUCCAAAGCUUCUAAAGACAUUCCUGGAAGCGACCAAGAUUUUGUCAACUUCGGUUUCCAGACAGCAGGAGGGAACAAAGUUUAUGUUUCAAAUUCUGCACUUCAAAAGGCAAGGAAGGUAAUUGAGUCGGCUCUAGAAAAUGUACCUGAAUGUUCUCCUGGAAGGUCCUCAAUGAUACAUCAGAACACCACGGAUUCAAAGACUACAUCAUAUACUAUGAACAAACAUGACAUUGUCCAUUCAGAGCAGGCUUCACAGAAAUAUUCAUCUCAAACUGGAUUAUCUCCCAAAGUUGCUGCUUUGGAGCCAGUUCUUUCAGAAUACAAUGUGUCAGGAAAUUUGUCAAAUACUGAAAGUGGUCUUCUGGUGGCUUUCCAUACUGCAAGUGGAAACAAAAUCAGUAUAUCAGAUGAUGCCCUCCAAAAGGCAAGGAGACUGGUUAGCAAUGAAAUCAAGAGCUUUGAUGAAGGAGCUAUUGAAAAAUCAACUACGGAUUCCCAUUCUAAACAAGUUGCACCGAUAGACACAUUUGAAAAUAUCAAUGGAGACUGGGAUGAAAUUUCUGACGCAUUGCCAAUUGGAGAGAGGCAACCAAUUGCUAAUGAUACAGAUUUGUGUAAUAAUGGAAAUACUGCUAACCAACACGACCGGGCGAGCGUUGCUAGAGAUUUGAACUCCAAUAUACCAUUCUCCAAAUCUAGGCUUCAAAGGAAAAAGUAUGGUGACUCGUUUGAUAAUUCAUUAGGCCAAAUGGGUUUAGAAUUCAUUACAAAGUCAUCCCCAAGAAAAUUAGGAUUCCAGACUGCAAGAGGAGGUGCAAUAUCUGUUUCAGAUGAAUCUUUGAAGAAGGCAAAACAGCUGUUAAGAAAGGAUUCCAGACAUGAAAAUAUCCAGGAAAUAUCAGGCCUCAAAGAGACUUUGUUUGAAUCAUCCAAAUUAAUGACUGGCUUGCAAACUGGUAGUGGGAAGCACAUCCAAGUUUCAGAAUCUGCAAUCCAAGUAGGUAAGCAGCUGUUAUCAAAUGAUCUUGAUAUCUCCAAUGGUGGUGCAACAUCCUCUCUGCACCAAAAACACCCUGAUUCUGCCGAGUUGGAGGUUGGGUUUCAAACAGGAGAUGGGAGAAGGAUACAGGUUUCAGAAUCAUCCAUAUUGAAAGCAAGACAGCUAUUGUGUGAUGAAUCAAACCAAAAAGUGAUGGAAUUCAGUGGUCUGAUAAAGAAAGAAACGUCACGACAAGUUCAACUUGACCCUGCAAAAUCCCCAGAUACUUUUAUAGGUGAAGAAAAGCAGGACAACACUUCAAAAGAAUCAUCAGUGCCCACUAACAGAAAGACUAGAGACCAACAAGUGAAGAGAGUUUCUCGCUCUCUUGAGAGCCAAAAAUCUCAUAUUAAAAGUGUGCCAGUGGGCUUUCAAUCGGGACAUGGGAGAAAGGUACAGAUUUCUGAGGUGUCUCUUCAAAGAGCAAAGGAAUUCUUAGCGGAUGAGUCCAGUGAAGUACCAGAUCAAAACAUAGCAGUUGGCUUUCAAACAGGACAUGGUAAGAAGGUCAAGGUUUCUGAGGCGUCACUCCUAAGAGCAAAGAAAUUCUUAGCGGAUGAGUCCAGUGAAGUACCAGAUCAGAACACAGCUGCUGGCUUUCAAACAGGACAUGGUAAGAAGGUCCAGGUUUCUGAGGCAUCUCUCCAAAGAGCAAAGGAAUUCUUAGCGGAUGAGUCCAGUGAAGUACCAGAUAAGAACAUAGCUGUUGGCUUUCAAACAGGACAUGGUAAGAAGGUCCAGGUUUCUGAGGCAUCUCUCCAAAGAGCAAAGGAAUUCUUAGUGGAUGAGUCCAGUGAAGUACCAGAUCAAAACAUAGUGGUUGGCUUUAAAACGGGACAUGGUAAGAAGGUCCAGGUUUCUGAGGCAUCUCUCCAAAGAGCAAAGGAAUUCUUAUCUGCUGGCUCUGAUGCACAACCAGACCAUAACAUAGCUGUCAGCUUUCAAACGGGACAUGGGACGAAGGUUCAGGUCUCUGAGGCAACCCUUCAAAGACCAAAACAGUCAUUAGCUAUGGAGUCUGAUGUAGGAACGGAAUUACAUGAUUCUGCUGUUUGUGGUGACGCAUAUGAAGAGUCAUUCUCUUCGAAAUCCUACAUGAUGACAGGAUUUAUGACAGGGGAUGGACGAAAAGUUCAAGUCUCAGAGGCUUCGCUUCAACUAGCAAAGAAUAAUUUAGACUCUGAGAUUUUUACAGAUGUCAGCAGAGAAAUUGGUCAACGGGAAUUACAUGUACCUCCUGGGAGUCAGCACCAAAAUCUUUCUUCCAGUGCUGAUGGUAAUUCACCGACCCACCAAGGGAAAGAUUUAACAGAAAAUCAGAAAUUGGGAAGAGAGCCUCUGAAAGGGGGUUGCAGUCUUACCAACUUACCACCACAGAAACAUCUUCCUGGAGGGCUCACCAAGAGAGGCUUGGUAGACAUGAGAAACAGACAGCUUAACCAGCAGAGUAACAGGAGAGGUAGCCUCCCAACUGGACAAAAACCAUACAAACCUCCAAGAAGAGUAAAUGAGAAGGUAUCGUCAUCAUCCAGAGGUUUGGUUCCUAGAGGUUCAAAUCCAACAGUUAUUCUUAAUGAUAGAACAAAGCCAAUAAAAGCUCUCCAAUCAUCACCACCUAGCAGUAGUAGGCAUUCUAUCAGUAAUGAGAGGCUACAUGAAACGGGACCCUUCUUGAAACCAAGCCUCAACUUACAUACCACUACCACCAACCAAUCACAGAACAAGCUUGAAGCCACACCUAUUCCAGAGGAAGGAGCAUGUUCAUUUGUUGCUAGGUGGGAUGAGGCUCGAAGAGCACAGCAACAGCGGAUAAAUGCAAAAAGGGGUAGAUUGAUUAAGCCUGAAUUGGGUAGCUUGUGGCGAUGUAGAAAGGAAGAGGAUCGCAUCAGUCUGAAGGACUUUGUUAAUCAUCAAUAUCCCUGCUCUAUGACAGACUCUCAGCUGUUCGGCAAUGGUAUCCUAUGCAGUACAUUAUCUGUUAGACCUAGCAAUGCUGAGGGAUAUGAGUUUGCUGGUGAGGAUCAUUUCAGUCCUACCUGUCUGGAGAAUAGUCAAGGGAUUCUAUUAGCUGACGGUGGUAGAUUGGUCUUCAACUCUUCUUGUCUAGUGGGCAAGAAGGAAUUCUACAAUGCUCUUCUUGACACCCCCGGUGUAGACCCCAAACUGUUGAAAGAAGAUUGGGUCUAUAAUCAUUACAAGUGGAUUAUCUGGAAAGCAGCUGCCAUGGAAGUAGCUUAUCCUCUUCAGUUUGGUGGGAGAUUAUUGACACCAAAUUGGGUGCUUCUUCAGUUAAAGUAUCGGUAUGAUAGAGAGAUAGAUCACAGUCAACGCCCUGCUCUUCGGAAGAUCUUAGAACGAGACGAUGCAGCAUCCAGGAGAAUGGUCCUCUGUGUAGCAGCUAUUAAUCACACAGGAUCAUCAACACAGCAUCAUGGGAAAUCACCACAACAAUCAAAGAGUUCACAGCCCUCAUCGCAUCCUACUCUAGAAUUGACGGAUGGAUGGUACAGUAUAUCAACUAUCAUAGACACACCCCUAGCAAACUAUGUAAGGUCUGGAAAGAUCUUAUGUGGUACCAAGCUGUGUAUAUAUGGAGCAGAGUUGAUUGGAUCUCAAGAUGCUUGUUCUCCUCUUGAGAUUCCAGAAAGUCUGAAACUGAAGAUAGCGGCCAAUUCUACCAGACGUGCACGCUUUGAUUCAAGACUGGGUCUCCAAUGUGACCCCCGACCUUUCCCCCUCCCUACAACAUCUCUGCACCCUGAUGGUGGUAGUGUAGGGUGUAUAGAUGUUCUCAUCCUUAGGACAUACCCCAUGCAGUUCAUGGAGAAACUCCCAGAGGGGGGAAGUGUGUUCCGUAACGCCAAGGAAGAAGCUAAAGCUGCUACUCUUCAUGCCAAUCAGAAACAACACAAGAUGGAGCAACUCUUUACACAGGUCCAGAAGCAGUUUGAAGCAAAACAAUCUCAUAAAGUAGUCAAAGGUAGAAGGUCAUUGCCAUCAUCUAGGAGUAGAAACUCAUCUGAGUUAGAGAGACUGCAGUCAGGGGAAGAACUAUUUGAAGCUUUAGAGGCAGCUAUUGACCCUUCUGCUUUUGAGUCUGAUCUGAGUGAAUACCAACGAUGUAUUCUUCAUGCCUACCAGAGAACACUCAAUGAUAUGAAACAAGCUAACCUACAAGCAGCAUUCAAUCAGGCCCUCGCUCAACAAAACAAAGAGGGUAAGUUUGAAAGAAAUGUAGUUCCUCUCAUGAAGGUUCGUGUAGCAGACUACAAAGCUUCCACCACCAGGGGGCAGCAGACCACUUUUCUGACCAUAUGGCGACCUGCAGAUGAUCUGUUGAGCCAGCUUGUUGAAGGGAAAAGAUUUAGGAUAUCAUCCUUAUCUACCUCAGCAGGAAGGAACAUGCCUGAUAUGGCACCAGUUCAGCUAGCCUCCACCAGAGCCACUCGAUAUGAGGAAAUACCUGCAGCUAGCCACAUCCUACAGAGAAGCUACAUACCCCGGGCAGCUGCUUCAAUGCAGUGGCUGGGAAGAGGCUACACACAAGCAGCAUAUGGUGAACUAGAUGUUGUAGGAGUAGUUGUGUCACAAGAUGAACCUCGCAGGCAGCAUCCAGGUAGUUCUCACUCUCAUGUAGUUUAUCUAGCUGAUCAGGAUACAGCUAUCAUGGCUAUCAAAUUCUGGACCAGUCCUACGGCUCUUAACCUUGAUGACAUGUUAAAGCCAGGUUCAUUUAUCUCAGCAAGCAACCUGCAUUAUCGCUCCACUCAAUCACCCGUGGUUCUACCAACAGCUACAGCAUCAGACUACACUGUGUUCACCCCUAACCCCAAGGCCAACUAUCUUCAGGUUUCCAUCAAUCAGCUGAAACAAGCAAUCAAGGAUACACCCAAAUUUGUGGAGAUGGUGCAGAGGAAAGUUCAAGAGUUGAAAGAUGCCUCUUCUAAGCCAACGUAUCCCAGCUCUAUCCCUAGAAACCAUCCAUACAUGGCAAGGAGAGAAAGGAUCACCACUCCAAUAGCUUCUCAGAGUCAGACCCGCAUUGGUAUUCAGCCAACACCAGAGGUAUCACAUGGUCAGGGGUAUCAGUUGAUGACAGUCCGUUCCUGUCCAAAGAACUUCAUGAAGACCUCUAAAUCAAUCAAAGAUGAGGUUUGCAAUACAAGGAUGAAGUUAUCAGGCAUAUCAAGAGUAUCAUCUACUCUCACACCUAGGACUCCUUGUCAGUCUCCAGUACCGGGGGUUAGUUUGUCUCCAAGGUUGAUAUCACAGCAUUUGGAACAAGAAAGAAGAGCGGAACUCCUGUCGUGUAUCCCUUCCCCUCCACCCCUCACCCCUCUUCCCUUCCCAGCAGCGUCGCCUGCCCUGAGAAGAGGUUUCAAGAUACCUUCUCCAUCGGUAAGAGGAUCGCAGAAAAGAGAACCUGAGAAGUUCUUGAGGAAGCGCCUUAGAGAUGAAUUGGACGAGGAAAAUGAUGGUGCCUGUGAACAGCAGUCCAACAAGCAGUCAAAUGCCAAAGCUGUUGAUGGCGACCACACUAUGAAAAAACAGAAGGUGAACAACCGAGAUGACACAACAAAUCUGGAAACUGUAGCAUCUGAACCUGACAACUCCAACUUUGAGAGUAAGAUGGGGGAGUGUGAAGCAAAAGGGGACAAUGACUUUAGUGAUGACUUGGGUUUGUCUGCAUCAGGUUUGCAGGAGCUGGAGAUGGGUUGGUCCCAAUCAGAGGUCUUGACUGAACCUGCUGUGGGUGAACAACCCUUGAAGAUGAAUAUAUCUGCAAGUGAAAAGGCUUGUCCACUCGAAAGUACGAACAGCAUGAAAGAGAACAAAGAUCCCAUUCUGGUAGAUAUUAGCUCAGAAAAUGAUAAUCAUAGUCGGGAACCAGAGGAUAAGCAUCAUGCUUUUGGAAGUGAAUCAGUCAUGGAAGGGUCUAUUCAACCUUGUACAGAUGUGACCAGUAAUAUAACACAAGAUUUUCAUCCAGGUAGGCAACCGAUACAAUAUGGACAAGUUGUUGAACAUACAACUCAGAACAAUGAUUACCCCACCAAUCCAACCAAGAUUGAUUCUCAUAUGACUUUGACUUGUGUUACUCAAACUACAAGAGCAUGCACAUCAGUAGACUCUCGUUCACACAGUUUACCUCCACUUUGUAAAAGCAUCAAUGGGAAUGUGAAGGAAGUCAGUGGUUGCAUUUCAGAGAAUGCAGCAGAAGAUACAGACAUUCCAGUUAAGGUUCAUGCAAACUCGAACUGUACUGAAAACAUCCAGGAAACCACCCAGGACACCGAUGCAGCUGAUAAUCAUCUUACCUCACUGAGGUCACCAUCUUCCCAUGAAACAAACAAUGCCACUAAAGAAGAUAAAUCAAUGGAAAGUGAUUUGUUGCAACAAUCCAGGGGUAUGGACUCUUCUUGUCAGAACUCGGCAUCCAUCAAUGAAUCGCAGGAGAGAUCUGAGCAGGACAAAUCCUCUAGAUCUCAAAGCCCCAAAGGCAAGAAACGAAAGUGUUUGCGUCUGCAGAGGAAGAAAGCUGUAGUUGAUUCUGGUGCUGUGAUAGAGAUCCUUGAGGAUGAUAAUUCACCCUUGCUAAAGAGGUCUUCAAGACUCAGGGUGCAGGAGAAGAAAAGCUACAAAUUAUAAACCAGGGAAGGUUUUCACAAAGAGGUUUGUGACUUUUAGACAUGUAUCGUAUAAAUGUUAAUACACACAUGUCAUUUGAUGCAUUGUCUCUUUUCAUUGAAGAUUGACCAUGCACAUUAUUAUGCCGGCUUGGAGUCUUGAAAACAUGUAACAAAAUCAUUCGUUCUCCAAUUGGUUAAUGAUAAUGCAAAAGCGAACAUCUUAUAAGCAUGAUUUUAUGGCCAAUAGGAUAAUGCAUCAUCUACUGCACACAACAAGGAUUUAAGCAAAAUUUUUAAGUCGGUCAUCUCUUAAUGAAACAUUACCAUUAUAAGACAUGUUUAUGCAAGUACCUGUUAUAUUUGGUUUGACAUCAAGACCAAAAAGGUCAUCAUAUCCCAUCAUCACUUUGUGUGCUUCAUAAUGCACCACAAACGUUCAUUAUCAAUAUCACAUAGUGGGACAAUCGAUAGUGGGACAAUCACUUUUUCCUGAGUCGAGGUAGUGUGUGUCCCAAGUAAAAAUUUGAAAUUUGAGAAAUAUUCAACUGAAUGAUGAAUACCUAGCGCAGGGAAGAAUACAGAUUAAUCAAUAGAACUAUGAAAAAUGAAAUAAAAUGAUAUAGGAUUUAUAUAGCGCAUGUAUCCACCUUGUUAGUUGUUCGAGGUGCUCCUAUUUUGCCCUGGCUAAGCUAGUCUACCAAUUGCAUUGUGCACGGCUUUUUGAAGAAUUACUUCUUGACGGUACCCAUUUACCCCACCUGGAUUGAGUGCAGCACAAUUUGGUUAAAUUUCUUGCAGAAGGAAAAAAAUGCCAUUGUUGGGAAUCAAACCCACGUACCUCAGAUUUAAAGAUGAUAGUCUUAAUUACUAGACCACUACGUUCCCUCCAUGAGUCCCCUGAAAACUGUAUUUGGUUGGUUGGUAAUCAAAGAGAAACUAAAGACUGUGAUUAAUGCACAGUGUUUAGUACACCGUAGGUGACCUAUCUCUCAGGAUUGAUGCAAAUGAGUGAUGUUGCACUAAGGGCACAACUUACGCACAUUAAAAUGAUUUUACUAUUGCAGUUGUCUGAAUUAUGAGAGGUCAAUCAAUUCAGUGUUGACUUUGUUAGAAAACAGUCUUCUACAGCUAAUGUCUCUAGGAAAGAAACAUUUCAUUCCUUGAGUAUAAUCCAAUGAGAUAUACUGCAUCAAUUAUUUCAGUGUACAAUAUUAUUUAUCUGUUACAUAAGUUUCCCUCUAUUUUCAUAUGUCAUAUCAUUUUUUUUUAAAUAUGCAUCUUUGAGCUGAAAUUACUUACAAUACAGAUUUGUUCAUGUAUUGUAUUUUCAAGGUUUGAAUGAAUUUGUAGAAUGUAUUAGGCAAUUGCAUAAAAACUACUGUAGGUAUUUCACUGUAUGCUGAAUAUGUAUAUAGAAUGAAUGCCGAAAUUGAUAGUCAAAAUGACGGUUCAUCAUUUUGUAAUUAAAAGUACAUUAAGAAACAAAAGAACAUUUCAGUCAUGUACAUUUGAUAAAUGAGUUUGAUAUUGUCUUUUUGAAGAUGCAUUAGUCUGCUGACUUUUGAAAUGUGUUAAUCAUAAAUACUGUUGUGGCAGUGUGUGUAGUAUAGUCAAAUUAUUAAAAUUGAAGCAAAUAAAGGUCCAGAGUAUACCGAGUGGCAGAUACAAUCCAUGAUAUCCUUAUGUAAAAUACACAACCUCAGGUAUGUCAGGACUCUCUAUUCACAUGAUAAUGUCACAUAGGCACUGUUUGUUUAUUUAGUCCCUCAUUUGUGAGCCUCACAGUGACUUGAGCUGCCCUCAUUGCUUUCACUGAGAUCGCACAAUCACUUGAUAAUAAUAAUGAUAAUAGUCAGUUCUUUUAUAGCACAUAAAACAUUAUGAAUAACGUCUGUGUGCGCUUCUAAAGGACUUGGAUACUAUUACCCUGGCUGUAGCUCAAGGAGCCCCUCUAGCACUUUGCAUUUCAAGGAAUAAAUUCCUGCCAGGUACCCAUUCACCUCACCUGGGUUGAGUGAUAUCACAUACAUAGCUAAUUCAUCACCAAAGAUGGUGAAUAUAAACAUACACAACAGUUACAUUAGUGAGGCCAUUUUAGAUGCAUUGCAUUUCAGGUCACCAAAGUUUCUAACAUGACACUUUCUUCCUUAGCCUUAUGUGUUCAUACAUGUACUUAGUAUCCGUCAUGUAAGAGUCAAUCAGAGUUGCUAAGUAGUACUGGUUUCCAGUAAUUAUUGGAGGCGUGAUAGCUCAGUCGGUAGAGUGGGGGAUUCGGAUUCUGGUGACCCGGGUUCGAUUCCGAAUUGGAGCGCUAGUGCUCUUUGGUAAGGCAUUAGUCCUCAGUACCAGGUUCCUCAGAGAGGACCUUAAGCCGUCGGUCCUCUGGUUGCUUGCUUAAAAGCAUUCAUACUUUCUUAGCAAUCAGAUUAAAAAUCACUACCACUAUAUAAUUAUUACUGGAAAAUGAGAAAGAAUACUGGUGGUUUCAUGCUAAUUACUGAUUUCUAAAGUUUCAGUUUAUGUGUUGUCCUAUGGACUAUGGUAUUUCUGUGAAAAUACUGAUCUUCAGUCCAUAAAAUACUGAAAUGAUCUCGAUCAGGUUGGCAUCUCUGGUCAAUGUAUGUAGAAUCGAUACAUUCUACAAUAACUUGUUUGUAUAAUAAUGUACAGUGUAACUCACAAUAUGUUUUUGCUAUUCAUUUAUAUCACUAAUAGUAUUACAUUUUAAACCACUAAUUUUACUAAGAUAUGAAAAACUCAUGUGCCAAAAUUUGUAUAUAUAUUUGUAGGUUAAGACAUAUGAUAUGUAUUAGUGUUCUUCAGGCAAAGACAAUGGCAUUAAGAACAACUCAUUUUUAUGUUAUAUGAUUUAAUAGAUGCGAACCCCCACAGUCAGUACUAUUAGUUGUAGCAAUAGCUGGGGGAAAUAAUUCUCUCUCACUACCCACUUAUCCAAUGUGUGUGAUUGAGUAUCAUUUUGAAUUUUAAUACAAGAGAUAUUUAUGCCUUAAUGUGCCUCCGGUGCGAUAACAUACCCUUAGAAUCAACUUUCAAUAUGGCAAUAAAUUAAUAUUUGUGUCAUUGCCAACAUUAGGUAGUUGGUGACUUGGCUGAGACAGGAAGCUUUCUAUAUCAUGGGUAUUGCCAUUACACUAUCAUCCUGAUUGAAUCAGGGUGUGGGUUUCACAAAUUGUCUUGUCUGAUAUUUCAGUGACAAAUUUGCUCUCAGCCAUUCAGAUGCAAGCAUUUCAGUAGCUUGUAACAGGUAUUUGUCGAUGACAAAGUGCUGCAUGAACUAUGUCUGUGUUUACUGACAUUACAUUUUGUCAUCUAUGAUUUUUAAACAAAGAGUGUUGUGGACCUUCCAAAGACUUGCUGAAGGCUUGCCAGACAUAGCAACAAGCUAUGUGAAUGUUCAGUGAAUUCAAAGUAUUAACUGAACACUCACUGAUAAACAGGUUACUGGUAAAUUGAAUACGUGAUUGGUAGUUUUCUAGACUUCGAGAUGUUUCAUAACGCAGUUAAAUUAUGCACAAUGUCACAAGUAACUGUGGAUUAUAGUAAGCUAAUAAGUUUCUCAGUAACUUUUCUGAUCAUAUAAAGUUGACAUAUAAAAUUGUUGAUUUACAUACUUAGUGUUUACUCAAAUUGAUGAAGGCAAAGUAUAGCAUGUGCUAUAACAUUGAUGACGCUAUUGAAUUAGUGUGAUAAUUAACAUUAUUCUCAAUGUCAUGCAACAUUUACAAAUGAAAAUUUUCUUGGACAGAAACAGAUGAACAGCAUUAGUUUGAAGUCUGUUUAACAAAAAAUAGAAUUGGAGUAAACAAACAAAUUUCACCAAAAUUAGCUGACAUAUUAGAUAUCAUUAGAUAACUUAAGGUAGUUGCAAUGCUUUUAUAUUGUUAUUCAUGACAUAGCAGAUAUAGGCUAUUAUCUGCUUAGGAAUUUAGGUUGGGAUGAAAAUCAUUUUUUAAUUUAAUAGGACAAGGGAAUGCAUAUAUCUGAUCAUUUUAUAAGCCAAUGAUGUUUACAUGUACCCUCUCCUAUUGUUCUGGUUACAGAUAUUGUCCAUUAUCUCAUCAAACUAUUCUCUUUGUACUCUUUAAUGUCUGAAAGUAAUUUUGUCAGCACCUCAUUGAUUCUACUUGAAAUGCAAAGCCAACCCACAAUUAAAAUUGAUUUGAAUGAAAGGAAUAAAUUAAUAUGAGGAUUUAAAGGAAACUGAAACCCUGGAAGAGAAGCAAUCUGAUUGGAAAGAGUAAAACGAGAGGAACAAUUUGAAAAGUCUCAUCAAAAUUGGUUAUGAAAUAAGCAAGUUAUGGACGUUUGAAAAGUCUUGUACAAGGAAAGUUGUCAGAUCUGAAAACUUGUCAGACAGAAAUGUUUAUGAAACGCUCUUAUGUAAGAUGAGGAAGUUGGAUAUUGAAGUUUAUGUACAUCAAAAGCAGUAUGAAAAUUAGGGAAUGGAUGAUGUCACUCAUUUCAUAUUUUGUAUUUAUUUUGUUAUGUUGAAUAUGAAAUAUUAUUUAUCUUGCUCUAACCUAACACAUGGCUUGGCAGCUCUAUGAACUAUUGCAAUUAGCAUAACUUAUUAUGAUUCAAUCAAGAGCUUUUUAUCAAAUUAACCAAAAUUGAAAUAUAUCACGUGAUGCACAAAAGAAACUGUGUGUGACACCAGUGACUCUUUUGCAUACAUCACCAUGUUAAUUUUUUCACAUUAAA